AUGCUCUUUCUGGUAUCUCGCCGUCCCCAGGUGUACGAUGUGCCACCAGUUUCCACUCAUUCGGCCAACAAUAUUCUUUCUGGUAAUCCCAAUGCCACCAGAACUCCCAUUCAUAGUCUCCUCCCUGUCUCAACACUUCGAAUGAUCGAUGGUACUUCGCUUAGCUCAAGUUCCUUCUUCGAGAGCACGGGCCUUGAGACUGAUACCGACACCAAUGCUUACAUUGAUCAUGGCACUUCCAAAGUUCUCAGCCAAACAACCAAGAGCAUCUCUGACCCCGUCUCAGAUGACCAGGGCGUAUCUGUAACUUCCAUUGAGGUCGACUGGACGGGAUUACUUCCUGCCACUCCUUCAACCAGGGAACCCUUAUUCAAAACGACGCGUCCAUUGACUAGUCAAGACCCAGCUUCCACCGACCGUGCUACUGGGAUCACGCCAGAUCUCGGCACAUCCUAUGAUACUAGUAGUAGCAGGGCCACUGAGCCAAUCACUACAUACAGCUGGCCUGAAAUAACUUCAAUUGCUAAUUCGGAUACCUCUAUCGGGAUUCCCGAAAGUUCUGGAGCUACCCGAAGUGGAACUGAGUCUAAAGAGCUCGGUACCCCUGACGAGACGACAAUGUUUCCGAGCCAUACCUCGCAGCCUUUCCAGGACUCAAUGAGCCGGCCAACCACAACGUUUCCAGACCAGACAACUGGUACAGGCAACUCAAAAACUACUGCAGUUCAAUCGGACGAUGAGCUGGGUAGUACAAGCCUAUCUUCUGAAGCCCUAACCGUAUCUGAUGGAGCUUCUCGGACCCUUGAAAGUUCGCAGCCUACCAUGGAAACCGGUACGGCCGAAUUGGAAAGUCCAUCGACUCUGACACACUCAGCAGAUCGCUCUCCGCCCUUGACCACCCUUGAGAAAACAGUUCCAGUCACAAAGUCUGACCCCAAUACCCUAACUAGGGAAAAGACGUCAGAAAUCACCAACCUACCCAUAGCAACGGGUAGCUUAGCCUCAUCAACUAUGACCUCAGAAGAUGGAAUUGUCACAGGCACGGAUGGUACGGUGGCAACAUAUGUUCCUGAGCAAAAUAAAGACUACAUCUCAUCUACUGGCACGACUACCACCACAGACGAUGAUGGUGCCGCUAUUGUCAUCUUCCCUUUUGGAUGGUUUUGGAAGUUGGGCGGCGUUCCUGGAGGAGGUGGUGCAGCUAAGCCUCCUGCACCGACUGCCAACCCUGACCCGAAGAAACAGCCCGGUGACAAGAACGAGGAUGAUAACGAUAAAGACGACGACGCCUCGACCAAGGAAGAUGAAAAGUCUACAAUGGUGUCUACGGUACUGCCAACUACGCAAGAGCCUACUUCCACCACCACCACCUCAGAGGAAACAACUACCUCAGAGGAAUGUACAGUUGCAACACAGCCAGAAUGUACUAGGACCGUCUCAUACAUGACUUCCGACGGAACUCAGAUCAUGACGGAAUUCGGUGACUGUCCGACAAUCGCCAGCUGUGCUACCGAGACUCAGGCCACAGAAACUGUGACUUUGACGGCGGAGUUUGUCUGGGCUGGGGUUCCCAACACCAAUCCUGUCGGUGUCAUUCCGCAGGACGCUUACACCGCCGAUGUUGAUCCAGAGAUAGGCGCAGCUCUGGAGGCGGAAUGGGCCGAAAUCUUUGGUGACGAUGAUGGUUGGAAUGAUACUGUGACAGCGACCAGUUCUGGUUCUACAACGGUAGACGAGUCAACCAUGGCUAGCCUGACCGAUUCAGAAGCAGUCUCCACCGUCAUCUCCGAAGAUUCUACGACUGUACAAUCGAACAGUUUGACUUCGAAUGCAGAAGCAACUGCUACUUUCACAACAGCCUCUGAUACAUAUUCAGUCACAAAAGCUCCCAGCACGUUAAUCACCAAGACCAGAGGCACUGGCGAUACCACUGGCACGCCGAUAUCUACCGGCGAGGAAGUAACUCGUACAUACUACCCAUGUGUCAUCCAUGGCGGCCCUGCAGUUGAGACCCCAUGUUGUCAGUGCUCAACUACCAUCAGCGGUGAAGGAUACUACGCAACGACUAGCUUGGUUGACGACCAGUGCACCGCAUACACAGAGUUCCCAUCAAAAAUAACUGCAGUACCUGAGACUGGUCCCAUCACCGAUGAGCCUAUCCAGCAACCCAUCACCACCACUACAGACGGGACGGUCUUGGUAUGGUCAGCUUACAUGCUCAAUUAUAUCAACAUCCCAGGUAUCACAAAGAUCACCCAGUCGGUCGGCGUAGGUGAACCUUCAACAGUAUCCACUCCGUUACCGAGUCAGACUGCUGUGGAUAAUGAUGGUGGUGGACAAUGCGGUACUGGCGAUGGUCUAUCUAAGAAGGGACUUCGUGAGGCUUGCGACAGAGCGAUCGACAAGUUUGAGGAUGACACCGUAUACAGCGACUAUGCUUCUCGCUACAGCCGCUUGACCAAAGGUAUCCUUGUCGCAGCUUCCUUCGGCCAGGCUGCAUGCGUUGCUAAAUUUCAGUGUGACAAUUACGGUAUUGGCAUGAAAGGCUCAGACAUCAAAGAGGCUCGAAGGAGUGCUAAAGAGAAUGACGGUGUCGAUAUCUGCGGACAUAUACGCCUUUCCAACUCAUGUACUAUCAUCAUGGACUACUGUACCAACUGCAAAACUCGAGGCUAG